GUAACUAACAAACUAGCUGUAUACCAAGCUAGCUUUAUAUAUGACUUUUAUUUUUAGUGAUAAAAAUGGAUAAAAAGUUAAAGAAUCUCCAAGCUGCAGAAAAGAAGUUUUAUGAUCUUAAAAUAAACAAUUUGUUUCCGACGUAUGCUCCUCAACCUGUAGCACCUCAUAAUAAUGCAAAUGGUUCACAUGUCAAUGCAGAAAGCAGGCAAAGCGUUUCUGAAUGGGAAAGUUAUUUUACUCGCAAUAAAUAUACUUCAUUCACAAAAUUUGCUAGAAGUAGGAAACAUAAAAUUUAUAUAUGUCUAAUUGGACCUUUUCCUGACUAUUUUUUUGAGAAUAAUUUAAUUUUACAUCUGAAAGAAUGUUUAAAGAUAUUUACAGAAGCUUUUUUUCCUGGUAUGUGUAUUGUGUUCAUGGAUGAAAAGAUCGAUCACAGAGAAAUUAAAUGUCAAACUCGCUUUCAUCAAAAAUCAAAGCAAAAACAGUUAUUCUUGCCAGAUAUCAAUGUAUUUCUUAAAAAUAUUCGUCCAAAAGAUGCAUUUUGUGUUUGUGGCAUAAGCUGGUUUGAUUUUUAUCCUGAUAAAGAUUUAAAUCACAUAUUGGCAGAGGCUUCUUUUAAUAAUGGGACAGUGGCAUUUAGCUUCGGACAUUACUAUAAAUUCAAAGAAAAAGAGGCAAAAAUGAAAGAAUGGGAGAAUGAUUUUGUAAUUGAACCAUCUAUUGAAAUUGCAGAUAGUCUAAAUAAAUAUGACAGGCAAGAAGAAGGAUUAACUUCUUCGUCAUAUGUUUACAUCACAUCCAAUGAAAAGGAAGAAGCGAAGUAUCGCACAGAUGACUUUGACGAACACAACUGCAUGUCAUCUGUUGUGAAGCCUCGCACUUUGUCCAGUCCUAUAGCCAGACAGAAUUCACCAACAGGUCCCAAACUUCAGAAGUUGUCCGAUAAGGUUUAUUCAUUCUUAGAAAAGCGCUCACCCAGCCAUUCAUUGUCUUCACUUUCAGAAUCAAGCUUGCAAGGUCAGGCAGAUAUUUACUUUCCAACAGAUGAAAAGUCAGUUAUAAGUAUUGUAUCAGACAUUUCUAUGGUAGAUGUAAACAAUAAAGUGAGGCAUCAAAAUUCAACCACUCUAAGUGACUGCGAUAGUGAAGAUAACCUUGAAUGGGAUACCUGUCAAGAUCUACAGCCAUGUCAGUCUACUGCAUCAGUUGGUAGGGAACCUGAGCAUGAUAACCUUAUUAGGUCUGCAUUACCACCUGGUUGUGAAUUUCAAAUUGACUGCCGGUUGUUAAGAAGACUUUUUCGGGUCAUAUCUCAUGAAAUUUGUCAUGUUUUGGGGAUGAGACACUGUCAAUAUUACACAUGUACUUUGAAUGCCACUGCAUCUAUUUUGAAUGUAGAUGUGCAGCCAUUACUGCUGUGCCCGAUUUGUGUCCGAAAGCUUCAAAUCGCGUUGAAAUUCGAUUUAAUGCACCGCUACAAGAAGUUACAUUCAUUUCUCUCUCUGCAUACACAUGAGAAUGGCUCAAUGAACAGCCCGUUUUCUCUGGUGGAAAAUUGUCAGCUGCAAACUGAUAAAGAAAUUAUUAGAAAUAUAAUUGAUUUUAUGCUGAACUAAAUUAGAUGUUUUGUUAAAGUGUUACUUUAACUUAAACCCUGAUAACCAUGAAAAAAACUCCUUUGGUUCAUAGUUGAUUUAUCAGAUUUGGACAAUGAUUGCGUGGCAAUAGAGGAGGAUGUUUGUGUUUUUUUUAAAAAGUUUUUAGAACCGAUGCUUACUAUGCACAGUAUUUUCAAAGUAUUAUUAUUUUUUUAAAAAUUGUUUUUUAUCAUAUAAAUGUACAUUAUAUCAUAUGCUCCUAAAAAAUAAAAGAACUGUAUCUAUAUUUAGCAAAUUAUUUAUUUUUAUUCUAUACUAUACUAUCUAGUAUAGUAUAUACUAUAUAUUAUUACUUUAGAAGCAAUUAGUUGUCAUAAAAACAUUUUAUUUAUGAAUGAGUGCCGUUAACGUAUUUGCACCAUAUUUUUUUUUGUCCUUGCAAACAGAUCAAUUUUCAAAAUAUUCAUGUGCAUAUUGUGUGCUUUGUAUGACGUAAAUGCGCGAAUGACGUUAAACGUUAUUAACUUUUUAUUUUCUUUAAUGAGUAAAAUAAACAAAGGAAUUGACGUUUUAAAAGAAUUACCGAUGACAAUGAUUUUGAUUUUUUUGACGGAUUAAAUUAUUUUGCACAGUAAUCACUUUUUUUGCUGCUGAUUUAUACGUAGGAGCGACUCGUUCGAGCAAGUAUUUAUUGAAUUCAGCAUUAUUUUGUAGCCCCCUGUAUUUCGAAAUAAAGUUAUUUGUACUUUUUUAAUCAGUUUUAAAAAAAAAUGGAAUAAUAA